AAAAACACAGAUAAAUGCCGGCCAGUUCUCUCUCUAUCCCCAUUCAAGCCCUCUUAUAAAUACCAAGACAUAUUCACAAACCCUCCUUUCUACUCCUAAGCUACUAAUGUUCUUACUUCUUAACCCUCUCUCUCUCUCUCUCUCUCUCUCUCACAGACUCGGUUCUUUAGUCUGUCUCUCUUAACAUUAAUUAGUUGCAGAGUAUAUAUUAUACAUAUAAAGUUGCGGGGGAUAUAGAAUGACAGUGGUCAGAAAAUCUGCGGUAAUAUUGUGAGAGAUAUAUAAUCGAGAACAAAAGACGGGGGCGGUUGCUUGCGCUUAAUAUUAAUGGAGUUGGGUAUCAUCUGGACCGUGGUGUUGUGCAUAUUGGGGGCUCGGGUAGCUCUGAAAUGGCUGCUCAAGAACACAAAUUGGUGGCUCCAUGAAAGACGAUUGGGAGAAAAGCAGUACUCUCUUCCUCCAGGUGAUUUGGGUUGGCCUUUUCUGGGCAACAUGUGGUCCUUCCUCCGAGCUUUCAAGUCCAACGAUCCUGAUUCCUUCAUCUCCACCUUUGUUUCCAGAUUUGGACGCACGGGGAUAUACAAGGCCUUCAUGUUUGGGAGCCCAAGUGUCAUAGUUACGGCACCUGAAACAUGCAGAAGAGUUUUGACAGAUGAUGAUUGCUUUAAGCCCGGCUGGCCUCGAUCCACCAUGCAACUCAUUGGCAGGAAGUCAUUCAUCGGGAUUUCUUACGAAGAACACAAGCGUCUUCGGCGGUUAACAGCUGCUCCUGUCAAUGGUAACGAGGCAUUGUCCAUGUAUGCUAAAUAUAUCGAAGAAAAUGUCGUAUCUUCCUUGAACAAGUGGACGACAAUGGGAGAAAUUGAGUUUCUAACUGAGCUUCGGAAGCUUACUUUUAGGAUAAUUAUGCACAUUUUUCUUAGCUCAGAGAGUGAGCCGGUGAUGGAGGCUUUGGAGAGGGAAUAUACAACACUUAAUUAUGGUGUUAGAGCUAUGGGAAUUAAUCUUCCAGGAUUUGCUUACCAUAAAGCACUCAAGGCUCGAAAGAAUCUUGUGGCUACAUUUCAAUCUAUCGUUGAUGAAAGAAGAAAUCUAAGGAAGAAGUCUGUUGUCUUGCCGGCGAAGAAAGAUAUGAUGGAUGCUUUGCUAGAUGCGGAAGAUGAAAACGGUAGGAAAUUGACCGACGAAGAAAUCAUAGAUGUUCUGUUGAUGUACUUGAAUGCAGGUCACGAGUCUUCAGGACACACUGCAAUGUGGGCUGCCAUUUUCCUAGAACAGCACCCAGAAUAUCUUCAAAAAGCUAAGGCAGAGCAAGAGGAAAUAGUCAGAAAGAGGCCACCAACGCAGAUAGGGUUGACGCUAAAAGAAUUUCGAGAAAUGGAGUAUCUGUCAAAGGUGAUCGACGAAACACUUCGUGUGAUAACGUUUUCGCUGACGGUUUUCCGAGAAGCGAAAAUGGAUGUCAAUAUAGGAGGUUACACCAUUCCCAAAGGUUGGAAAGUCCUAGUCUGGUUCAGAAGUGUUCACCUGGAUCCUGAAAUUUACGUGAAUCCAAAGGAAUUCAAUCCUUCCAGAUGGGAUGGUUUUACACCCAAAGCAGGAACCUUCCUUCCCUUUGGAGCAGGAAGCAGGUUGUGCCCUGGAAAUGAUCUUGCUAAGCUGGAGAUCUCUAUUUUCCUUCACUAUUUUCUCCUUCAUUAUCAGAUGGAACGGCUUAACCCCGGCUGCCCAGUGAGGUACUUACCACACACAAGGCCAACUGAUAAUUGCUUGGCGAGAAUCAAGAAGUGUUCCACUUAAUCUGUAGAAGAAGAAAGAAAGUGAUUUAAGUGGAAGCAACAAUAAAACAGCAUAUUCUUGUUAUUUUAAUCGAGAGAGAUUUUAUUUUUGUUUCGAGUCUAUCUUUGUCCUCAAGUCCCAGCUUGAUGCUAAUGGUAUGAGAGUUUUAACAGGCUA